UUCAAGAAUGCAGCAUGCAGCGAGUUUCCGGUCAGAAUUAGACAGUCCAAAGAUGGCGGACCUCCUGGGCUCGAUCUUGAGCUCGAUGGAAAAGCCUCCAACCGUUCACAACCAAGAAAGCCGACGGAAAGCUAGAGAACAAGCAGCCAGACUGAAGAAGCUCGAGGAGGAUGAGAAGAGAAAAAAAACUGAGUUUAGGAGAAAGAUGGAGAAAGAGGUGUCAGACUUCAUUCAGGACAGCAAACUGCAGAAGAAGAAAUAUGACCCGAUGGGAAAGAUCGAGAGAAGCAUAUUGCAUGAUGUAGCCGAGGUCGCAGGGCUGUCGUCCUUUUCCUUUGGUGAGGAUGAAGAGAGCAGAUACGUCAUGCUGUUUAAAAAGGAGUUUGCACCAUCAGAUGAAGAACUGGAGGCUUAUCGCAAAGGUGAGGAGUGGGACCCGCAGAAAGCUGAGGAGAGGCGUCGACUAAAGGAAAAGGCUGCACUGGAGAUGGAAGCAGCCAGUCACAGUGUGAAGAGGCCCGCGUCGCCCAACUCAAACUACAGAGACAAAUACAGCCAUCUGAUAGGAACGUCUGCUGCUAAAGACGCCGCACACACGCUGGAAGCCAACCAGGCAUAUGGCUGUGUUCCUGUGGCCAAUAAGAGAGACACUCGCUCCAUCGAGGAAGCCAUGAACGAGAUCCGAGCCAAAAAAAGGCAGAAGAAAGGCGAGGAAGAAGGAGCUGGCAGCGGCAGCGGUGUGUGAGAGGCGUGUGUGUGUGUAUGAUCAGCUGGGUGAUAGAACAGUAUUUUACUCAUAUGACAAUGUUUUACAUAAACAGAAGGGUUCGGUAAAGAUGAAUUUAUGCACAUAAAGGCAGUCCAGAACUGCCACAGUAUAAGCGCACUGUUCAAAAAUGCUUUGAACUCUAUAUUACUGUCCCAAAUAAUGUGUUUUUAAAGGUCAUUAUUAGAAUAAACAGAAACAUGUUGUUUAAUAUAGCAAAUCCCUGUGUAUUUUGGCAUGGUGAUCUCUAUUUAAUCUAAGUUAUCUGUUAAAACACAUUUGGUUUUAUUAUAGUUUUCAUUUGCAUUUCCAUUGAUUAAAACAGUCAUAUUUAUUGCCUUGACAUAACUGGUAGUUUUGACUCCAUGGAUAUUUUAAUCGUGUUUAUUUUAAGUCAUGAGACAGCAUGUCCUUAAACUAGUAGUUGUUUCUUGUAACUGUUUGUUUUAAAUAAAUUUGGUUAAGGAUAUGUUUUAAGUGUACAUUGUGUCUUUUAUAUACAGGUGUUGAAUUCAGUCUGUUUGCUUUGAGCUCUAAUAAGCAUAUGUAUCUCAUCUGUAUCUAGCAUAUUUUGUCCAUUUACACUGGCUAAUCAUCAUUCUGGGUCAUGGACCAUGACUAGAUGGAUCAAAUAUGAUGCUAAAUUGUAUGUAAGCCUACUGUAAUGUCAUAAAAACGUUUCAAAAUAAAGAUUCAGAAUCAGUUGUGCUAAAGGCAAA